UCGGCAGCUUCAGAAAUUCUUCGAAGUGCAGAACCACUAACCAGCUUCACCGCUGACCUCAAUGGCAUCAUAGAGGCAAAUUGGACUCGCACAGAAGCAAAUGUUUCCUGCGAAUUGUCCAAGAUCCCAGCUCAUCCUGUUUUCAUAUUUGCAUACUCUCUUGUGUUUCUUGUCAGUCUGGUGCUGAACUGCGUCACGAUGCGGGUGUAUUUCUGCAACAGACAACGUGUACAAUCCAGUGUCACAGUCUACAUGAAGAACCUGGCAGCGGCUGAUUUCUUCCUUUGCCUUUGUUUACCUUUGCGCAUUGCUAACUAUGCUAGCAGUUCAGAGACCAUGCGCAAUAUUUACUGCAGCUUCGGAGCAACUGGAUUUUAUAUCAACAUGUAUGCAAGCAUUCUCUUCAUGGACUUCAUCGCUGCAAACAGGUACCUGAAGAUAGCCCGUCCAUUGGAGACUCACACCCUUCAGACAGUCCGUGCCGCCCGCCACAUUUCUGUAGCGACGUGGAUCUCUCUGUUGGCCUUGUCUUCAGUCUACCUGAUCCUCUUUCUCAAGACAUCCUGGAGUUACACUUACACCUCUGAGAAAAUGGGCUGCGAGGCUUUGCACAGUCCCCAGCUCAGCCUGGCCUACAAAAUCACUCACAGCGUGUCCAUGGUGGUCUUCAUUUUUGUGCUUGUAUCCCUGAUCGGUCUCUAUUGGCUGACGCUACAAAAAAUCCGGGAAGCUCAAUUGUCCACGCAGGCCACGUCCAGCAAAAACAUGUUCAAAAAGUCGAAGCGCAACAUGCUGGUGCUGGUGCUGGUUUUCUGCGUGUGCUUUGUGCCCUAUCACUUGGUGAGACUUCCUUACGCGUUUAUCAAACUUCAGACUAAGUCUUGCACGCUGCAGGCGGUCUACGUCCUGAAGGAACUGACGGUUCUGCUAUCGGCGCUGAAUGCGUGUUUGGAUCCACUCAUAUACUUUAUCUUCUGCAAGGCCUUCAGAGCCCAGCUGAACCUCAGGAAGAGGGGAGAUUCAGGGAUAAGCAGCGACGAUAAAGGCAACAAAAGACGAAUGAGCAACAUGUUGACCUACAUCGAGACAAAGGUGUCCACGCUAAGACGUGAAAGUGUUAUCUAGCACACAAAUCCUAAGGGAUGACAACAAGGUCCAUUAUAGAGUGGUUCGUUUAAAUGGUACCUGUAUUGUUUACGAAUAUAAGACUUCUUCCUUUUUCUCUUCCAUUGCUUGUAAUGCCUCAUUCACACUGGCAUCGACUUUGUAGCUGCCUGUCGCUCUUGGUGGCGGCCUGCUGCAAACGCAGGUCUGCGAAGGUCUACAGCAGGAGUCACCAAAUCUGUUCCUGGAGGGCCGGUGUCCUGCAGAUUUUAGCUCCAACCCUAAUCAAACACACCUGAACAAGCUAA